UCAGGAUUUAGUCGGCGGAGGCGGAGCUAUAAAAUUAAAACCUCCGGCGAGAUUUCGAAUAACGAAAGAGAAAAAGCAAAACCCGAAUUUUUGAAGCGAUCGAAAGAGAAAAGGGGUAAGGCAAUCAUGGGGAUGAAAUUUCUGAACAAGAAGGGAUGGCAUACGGGGAGUCUCCGUAACAUCGAGAACGUGUGGAAGGCUGAGCAGAAACAAGAGGCCGAGCAGAAGAAGCUCGAGGAGCUUCGUCUCCAGAUCGUCCAGGAGAAGGAGCGUUCUGAGUUUCGAUCUCUUCAGGAACAAGCCGGUCUCGUCCCGAGGCAAGAGAGAUUGGAGUUUCUGUAUGAUUCAGGAUUAGCUGUAGGGAAAGGGAGUGCGAGUGGUUCAGGUGUGUCGUUUCAGAAAGAAGAGCAGCCUUUAGCGAAUGCUGCUGAUGCUGGUAAUGGUGCUAGUGAGAAGCCAGAUCCUUCGGCUCCUGGUGCGUUGUUUGAGGAUAAGACGCCCUCUGCUAAUGACUCUUGGAGGAAGCUUCACUCUGACCCUUUGCUUCUCAUCAGGCAGCGCGAGCAAGAAGCUCUCGCUAGAAUCAAGAAUAACCCUGUCAAGAUGGCUCUUAUUCGUAAAUCUGUGGAAGAAAAGGGAAAGGGUGAAGAUGGAGACGCAAAAGAGCACAAGAAAAGGCAUAAACAUAAAAGUGGAAAGCAGCAUCGUAAGGAAACUUCAACCAGACAUCAUUCUGAUUCUGAGGAAGAUUCUGGUGAAGAGAACGGAAGAAAGUCCCAUCAUCACAGAUCAUCAGUGGAUCAUGAUGAACAUUAUGAGAGACGAAGAUCAGAUUUAGACAAAGAGUCAAAAAGUUAUAGUAAGCACUAUGAGAGACAAAGACCAGAGGAUGAUUCCAAAAGAAGGGACAGGCGUGAUAAGCACUAUGAGAGACGAAGGUCAGACUUAGAGGAUGAGUCCAAAAGAAGAGAAGGUCACGAUAAGCACUAUGAGAGACGGAGGUCAGAUGUGGAUGAUGAAUCAAAGAGGAGCGAAAAUAGAUCAAGUGAGAAGUAUCGGUCUCAAGAGGAUAGAAAAAGGAAAACAGAGGAUUUAGACAAUGACAAGCACCCCUCGAAGGAGAAUGGAUUCCAGAAUAGAAGGCGGAAUGGUGGUGGCUCUAAACUAUCGGAGGAGGAGAGAGCUGCUAGGUUUAAGCAAAUGCAAAUGGACGCAGAGGUGCAUGAGGAGCAAAGAUGGAGAAGAUUGAAGAAAGCUGAUGAAACAGAUGCAGUGGAAGCUAGCAAGAACAAAAUCUCUACUGGGAAAAGCUUUUUGGACGAGGCUAAUAAAAGUGUCUACGGAGUUGAGGAAGGUGGAAGCUCGACUAUUGAAGAAAGUGUGCGUCGCAGAAGCUAUUAUUCACAGCGUGGAAAUGAAGCUGAAGGCAAUGCUUUUCGCCGCUAAUGAUGUGUUCCAACACAACAAGGUUUUGCGUCUUUGAAAUGUAACAAAAUUGUAGUAAAAAAAGAAAAGAAAGUUUGUAUUGAUUACUGGAACUAAAAGCUUUUGAUCUUUGGACUUUGGA